AUGACUAUUUUCUUUUCAGCAUUGAUCAAAACAGCUUCGGUUGUUUCGCACAAUUGCGUGUCUACAGAUGUAGAAACAAUCAAUGGCUCACUUGUUAUUUCUAAUGCGGAUUUGACAUUAUUGACAGCACACAAGGAUUCUUUUGAAUCGUGUUUUGCCAACCAGUUACAAGCAUCGUCACCUUCGAAUAAUAAAGCAACAUGGAAGGUGCAAGGAAUUGAACAUUUAGGCAAUGACGAAUGUCAAGUAUCAUACACAUGUGCAGGAGUUGGUGAUCAAUCUACAGCUCUAACCUGUUUGAAAGCAACACCAAAUGCUGAUGAAUUCAAAACUAUUCUUGGAAAGUGCUCGCAUUCUUCUGAUGCAAAAGCUGGUGCAGGUAAAAAUGCUGGUGUUAAUGGUGGAUCGGACGCUGAUCAUCAAGCUGCAGGUGACAAUAAGCGAAUAAUAAUUGGUGGUUUGAUACCCGUAGUUACUUCUCAUACAUGUUCAUCUACAGAUUCAGACACAAUCAAUGGCUGCUUCAAUAUUUCCCAUGCAGAUUUAGCAUCACUAAAAGAACAACAGGCGUCUUUCGAAUCAUGUUUUACCAAGCAGUUACAAUCAUCGUCACCUUCAAAUAAUAAAGCAACGUGGAAGGUACAAGGAAUUGAACAUUUAGCCAAUGAUGACUGUCAAGUAUCGUACACAUGUACAGGAGCUGGUGAUCAACCUUCAGCUUUAACUUGUUUGAAAGCAACACCAGAUGCUGACGAGUUCAAAACCAUCCUUGGAAAGUGCUCUCAUUCUUCUGGUGCAAAAGCUGGUGCAGGUGACAAUAAGCGAAUAAUAAUUGGUGGUUUAAAACCAGCAGUCACCUCUCACACAUGCUCGUCUACAGAUUCAGACACAAUCAAUGGCUGCUUCAAUAUUUCCCAUGCAGAUUUAGCAUCACUAAACGAACAAAAGGAGUCUUUGGAAUCGUGUUUUACCAAACAGUUGCAGUCAUCAUCACCUUCGAAUAAUAAAGCAACAUGGAAGGUGCAAGGAAUCCAGCAUUUAGACAAUCAUACCUGUCAAGUAUCAUACACAUGCACAGGAGCUGGUGAUCAGCCUUCAGCUUUAACUUGUUUGAAAGCAACACCAGAUGCUGAUGAAUUUAAAACUAUUCUUGGAAAGUGCUCUCAUUCUUCUGGUGCAAAAGCUGGUGCAGGUAAAAAUGCUGGUGUUAGUGGCGGAUCGGACGGUAAUAACAAACGAAUAAUAAUUGGUGGUUUAAAACCAGCAGUCACCUCUCAUACAUGCUCAUCUUCGGAUUCAGACACAAUCAAUGGCUGCUUCAAUAUUUCCAAUGUAGAUUUGACAUUAUUGACAGCACAAAAGGACUCUUUUGAAUCAUGUUUUACCAAGCAGUUACAAACAUCGUCACCCUCGAAUAAUAAAGCAACAUGGAAAGUGCAAGGAAUCGAACAUUUAGCCAAUGACGAAUGCCAAGUAUCAUACACAUGCACAGGAGCUGGUGAUCAACCUACAGCUCUAACUUGCCUGAAAGCAACACCAGAUGCUGAUGACUUCAAAACCAUUCUUGGAAAGUGUUCACACUCCAAAGGUGGCGAGUAA